AGACCUAUCUCAUGAAUAAUAAUUAGAGAAUACCUACGUAGCUUGGUAACCCUCGCUGAGUGUCGCUAAUUAACAUUCAUAUAAUCAACAGCACGCUCAUUUUCAUUUCGACUUUGCAACCAAUCAGACCAACUGGGCGAACGUCAUGUAAUUAAUAUUUAUAACCUAAACCGUUACCGUAGUAGGAUUUGUAGAUUUUCUUUGAGGAGGAUCGACAGGAGCUUGAGACCAACUAUAAAGCACUGAAAGAACAGAAGAUGAGAGACCCACAAUGAGACAGGGCAGGUGGCCGCUACACUGAUAAAGAACGUUGGGAAAUGGGGAAUAUGGCAACAGAGAUCAUUGCCUUCCUUCUCACCAUAUCUGGAUGGAUUCUAAUCUCCUCCACGCUCCCAACUGACUACUGGAAAGUGUCAUCAGUGGAUGGGACAGUCAUCACCACAGCAACCUUUUGGUCCAAUCUGUGGAAGACAUGUGUUACGGAUUCAACCGGAGUCUCCAACUGCAAGGACUUUCCUUCUAUGCUCGCACUGGAUGCUUAUAUCCAGGUGUGUCGUGGACUGAUGAUCUCAGCUGUGUGCCUGGGAUUUUUUGGAGCUAUCCUGGCGCUAGUGGGCAUGAAGUGUACUAAAAUAGGGGGAUCAGAGACCACCAAAGCCAGGAUCACCUGUCUAUGUGGACUACACUUUAUUCUCAGUGGAAUCUGCUCUAUGACCGCCUGUUCGCUCUACGCACACCGGAUAACGUCAGAGUUUUUUGACCCCUUAUUUGUGAAACAGAAGUUUGAACUCGGGGCGGCCCUGUUCAUUGGCUGGGCAGGAUCUGUUCUCAGCAUUCUUGGAGGAUUUAUCUUUUGCUUUUCCAUGACAGAGGGAUUCAGCAUCAGGGAAUACUCCUACAAUGGUGCCACAUCUUUCAUUUCAACACGAACCAAGAUCACAAAGAUGGGCAAGAACCCGGAGACUCCUCAGAAAGAUCCACCAGACCAGAGCUUCACUGGCAGGAAAUUUGGGAGGAAUGCGUACGUUUGAUUUCAGCAUCCUCAGUACAGCUGGAAAUGAUAACAAGUGAAGGCCAACAAGUAUACACUGUGUAAAGUCAACUAUCAAACAAACCCUUGAAUGGAGAACAUGAAAUCAUAAGGCUGCUUUCAUCAUUUGAGGCAAGACGACUGCACAGAGGCAAAUGUCAUCUAUUAUAAAUAUAUAUCCUAUAUAUGGGUAAAUCCAGAUAUUUUUCUUUUUCAGGGGAUAUUUUGAUGAUGUAUACCUAUAAACAAUAAAUUGAGACAUUUUUCAAUCCAUGUUUCAAUCCAUAUAUUACCCAUAAGAAAGUUUGACAUUGUGAUACAAUUGCCAGAUUUCUUCACUUGGGACUUUGAACUAAGUCAGGUGAACUGAUGACAGAGAAGACGAGGAGAACAGCUGCGCUCCACCGACCACAGGAACAUGCUGUCUCAGUUCGGAAAUUGCGCUGGUCCUGAAGUCUCUCUUCACCUCCUGAUCAGUGGAAACUCUAGACUCUGACCCCAGUUUUUAGAGCUUUCAAGUGGCUGGAGCUUCCGUGGGCUGCUGCAGGUUGGCAGAGUCUUCUUGUUCUGUCAGAUUCUUCCUUAAACAAGUGUUCAGUGUCUCUGUGCUUUUUGUAAGAAGGUUUUAAAGUAUUUUAUGACAUAAUAAAGGACAUAAUCAUGUAA